GAUGGUACAGGCACUUGUUGACGAAUCACCAUUUCUGCAAUUUCAACAAUUUGUUUUCAAUUUUAACGCUUGAAAUAAGAGAAAAUCAUGCUGGACAAAGUCAAGAACGUGAUAAUAGUGCUCUCUGGAAAGGGUGGCGUGGGCAAGUCAACUGUUAGCACACAACUGGCGCUGGCAAUGCGCCACGCGGGACACAAGGUGGGCCUGCUGGACAUCGAUCUGUGCGGACCCAGUGUUCCCUUUUUGCUAGGCCUCGAGGGCAGCGAUAUCUAUCAGUGCGACGAAGGCUGGGUGCCCAUUUACACGGAUGAGAGCAAAACCCUGGCCGUAAUGUCAAUUGGAUUUCUGUUGAAGAGUCGCACGGAUCCCGUUAUUUGGCGUGGUCCUAAGAAAACCAUGAUGAUACGCCAGUUCCUCACUGACGUCAAGUGGGAUGAGCUGGACUAUUUGAUCAUUGACACACCGCCCGGCACCUCCGACGAGCACAUCACCGUCAUGGAGUGCAUGCGGGAAGUUCCCUGCAAUGGCGCCAUUAUUGUGACAACGCCACAGGGCGUGGCCCUGGACGAUGUACGCAAAGAGAUUACCUUCUGCAAGAAGACGGGCAUACGGCUGUUGGGCAUCGUCGAGAACAUGAGUGGCUUUGUGUGCCCCAAUUGCACCAACUGCACCAAUAUCUUCUCGUCUAACGGCGGCGUUGAGCUGGCAAAUCAUGCCCAGAUUCCACACCUCGGCACCCUGCCGAUAGAUCCACGCGUGGGCGUGCUGGCAGGCUCGACAGCCUCUGUGCUGGACGAGCUGCCCGAUUCAACAACGGCCCAAGUGCUGAGGGGACUAGUUCAGCAUUUGGAUGCCGUAACAGCAGCCGGUGGUCCAUAGAUUAAAUAGUGCUUAGAUUGUUGUUUUUUUCUAUUUUGUCUUUGAGCUAUCUAAGAGUUAUUGCAAGAUAACGUCAACUGUCUUAAUGGAACCUUAAACUAAAUUCUAAA